ACUCAUUCCUCAUUCCUCUCUCUCUGUUCGUCCAAAUUCUGAAUACUAGUAUAUAUAGUUUUGUUAUCUGAAGCAGAGUGACAGAGAGUCGACAAUGGCGGAGAAGGAGAACUGUGUGCGGGUCACGCUCUUGACGAAGAAGAGGGCAUCAGAGGCCAUGGGAUUGGCGGAGGAGUCUAAGCAACAGCCUGCUACCAAGAAGAGGGUGGUGUUGGGUGAGCUACCCAGUUCAUCCAAUAUCGCCGCCAAUCCGAAUCCGGGUUCAGAGAUGAAGAAGCCCAAAUGUCGGUCGAAGAACAAUGUGAAGAGAACAAGUGAGCAUCACAUCGAUGCGGGAUUUCUUGAUCCCCAAAUGUGUGAUGGUUAUGGGUCUGAGACAUAUGAGUAUCUUCACAACAUGGAGAUGGAGACAAAGAGAAGGCCAUCUCCAGAUUACAUUGAAAAAGUUCAGAAUGAUGUAACUGCUAACAUGAGGGGAAUACUGGUGAAUUGCUUGGUGGAGUUUGCAGAGAAGUACAAUCUUCUCUCUGAUACUCUGCAUCUAGCUGUCUCUUGUAUCGACCGAUUUUUGUCGAUGAAUGUCCUCAAUAGGCGAAGGCUUCCGUUGUUGGGUGUUUCUUCAAUGCUCAUAGCAUCAAAGUAUGAGGAGAGCAAUCCUCCAUAUGUGAAAGAUUUCUGUUGCAUUAGAGAUAUUACAUACACCAAAGAAGAGGUGGUGAAGAUGGAAGCUGAUGUGCUCAAAUCCCUCAAGUUUGAAUUGGGGAACCCCACAAUUAAGACAUUUCUCAGAAGAUUCAACAGUGUGGCUCAAGGAGUUUACGGGACUCCUAAUUUGCGGUUGGAGUUUCUAGGGUACUACCUAGCGGAGCUAAGUUUACUAGAAUAUGGCUGUUUGAAAUUCCCACCUUCCUUGGUGGCUGCAUCGGUUAUAUUUCUUUCGAGGUUCACAAUCCAACCAAAAUUUCAUCCCUGGAGUUUGGCCCUUCAACGAUACUCGGGUUAUAAACCAGAAGAUUUAAAGGAAUGUGUUCUUAUAAUACAUGACUUGCAGCUGAGCAGACGAGGAGGCUCUUUGGUGGCUGUGAGAGAGAAAUACAAGCAACAUGAGUUCAAAUGUGUGUCAACGCUGUCUUCUCUUUCGGAGAUGCCAAAUUCCUAUUUUGAAGAUGUUGUAGAAUGACAUAUUUGAUGGAGGUGAUCUUUUAAUUGAUUUAGCGGUCCCAAGCUGCCAGUGUAAUCUAAUGCUAGCACAGUUUUGUGACAUAGAUAAAAUGUUUUUGAUUUUUGUGUGGUAAGUUCUAACCUUGGAUCGUACUGACAACUAUCCUGAAGCUUAGUUCACUUAAGGAUUAAGGAUUUUGUUUGCAUUGUUUGAGAUUGUAUGUUUGAAAUCUUUGAUUCUGAAUCUUAAA